AUGCAGUCAUGGACCGGCAGAACCAGUCGUUCGUUCAUCUGCGCGUUUCGAUCGAUUCCUCCCAUUGAACGACAGUUCUCUACCUCCUCUCCCCUCCAACGAACCAGCAAGGCAGUCUUGAAAGCGAAGCUCAAGCAACAAGCAGACGCAUUAGCAGCGGGAAGUGGGAAAUCAAAGAAAGCGCCGCAAUCUGCCCGGCAACAGAUCAGUCGUACGCAGGACUUUAAUACAUUGGUCGAUGCGGCAUUACGGGACACCAAAUACAAGAUACAUCAGAGUGGAGGAUCAUUACAAGGAUGGGAUCGAUUUGAGCGUUUAGUAUUAAAUGCCUGCCGAGUGGAUGUUGGCAAGUCAGGGGCGAAAUGGGGCUCAUUACAGCAGGUCAAGCUAAGCCUUCAAAAGGCGUAUCUUGCCAAUGGAUUGAAUGCCCUGCGAGAAGAAUUGGAAUACAUGCUUUUUGCGGAUAACUUGACAUCCAAGUAUUCGACUACAAAUCUCAACGCUCAAAAGGAAGUGACCGAUCUUCGCUUUCCUGCUGAGUGGUACCCCAAUGCACGAGCUAUCCAACGAAAGAUUCAUCUACACGUCGGUCCAACAAAUUCGGGGAAAACAUAUCGCGCCUUGAAACGAUUAGAGCAGGCCAAUAAUGGGUUUUAUGCUGGACCACUACGACUACUUGCACAAGAGGUAUAUCACCGUUUCAAAGACGGUGGUAUCCCAUGCAGCCUCGUCACGGGAGAUGAAGUGAAAAGUCCCGAGGAUGGCGAAUUGGCACGAGUCGUGAGCAAUACUGUGGAGAUGGUCAGCUUGGGAGAAUCAUUUGACGUGGGAGUUAUUGAUGAGAUCCAAAUGAUUGCCGAUCCUAAACGAGGUUGGGCGUGGACGCGGGCUGUGCUUGGAUGCCAGGCAUCCGAGUUACAUCUUUGUGGAGAAACACGAGCCGUGCCAUUGAUUCGAGAGUUGUGCGCACUUACCGGUGAUCAACUAGAGAUUCAUCGUUAUGAGAGGCUCAAUGCGCUGGAGGUUAUGCCGCAGAGUCUCCGUGGAAACCUCAAAUCGCUUCAAAAGGGCGAUUGCGUUGUUUCUUUUUCUCGGGUCGGAAUACACGCUCUAAAAGCAGACAUCGAAAAGAUCACUGGAAGACGUGCUGCCAUUGUUUACGGUGGUCUGCCGGCCGAAAUUCGAACACAACAGGCUCAACUAUUUAAUGACCCUGAUAACGACUAUGACUUUCUCGUGGCCAGCGAUGCGAUUGGUAUGGGUCUGAAUUUGAGCUGUAAGCGGGUCAUCUUUGAAACACUCAUCAAACGAAUGCCUGGCGGACUACAACGAUUAUCUGUCCCUGAAAUUAAACAGAUUGGCGGACGUGCAGGUCGGUACCGUGCCGCAGGUGCUAAAACUACUCCCGGAGAAAAGGAUGGUGCCAACGUAGGCUAUGUUACUUCUCUUGAAGACGUCGAUCUUCCCUACAUCAAAGAAGCUCUCGAUACUGAGCCUCCACCACUCCGCGCUGCCGGAAUAUUUCCGCCCAAUUCCGUCUUGCAAAAAUUUGCAGCAUACUUCCCCAGAAACGUGCCAUUCGAGUAUUUGGUCAAGCGAGUGCUUGAGAUUGCCCAGAUGAAUCACCUUUUUUUUAUGUGUGAUGCGGAGGGUCAACUCAGCAGUGCCGCGAUUAUAGAUUCAGUAAAUGGAUUGAGAAUUUCAGAUCAGCUCUUCCUCAUGGCGGCGCCUUUCGAUGUUCGAAAUCAGGCCUUGAGUGACGUGAACUUGGCAUUCGCAGAAUGCAUUGCUGAGAAUACGCAAGGGCUGCUACUGGAUAUUCCUCAUCUCAACCUUGAAAUUCUGGAGCAGCCUGUUUCUGGAAAAAAGGAAUACAUGCACCACUUGGAGAGUCUUCACAAGGCCAUUAUCCUCUAUUCAUGGCUGAGUUUCCGAUUCGGUGGUGUAUUUACAGAUCGAACCCUCGCAGCACAUGUUAAGACACUUGCAGAAGAGAGGCUGAUGCGAGCUCUGACCGAGUUCUCAGCGAAUAAGCACCUGCGGAAGGAUGCCUCUCUGAAACGCCAGAUUGCAUUGCAGAAACAGCUGCUGAGCCAGCAAAGGGUUAUCACAGAAGAGGACUUGAUCACUCUUCGUGAAGAAAGAGAAGAUCUGGGCGAUGGAAUGGAUGGAGGAUCUGACCCAGUGGAAAACAUUGAUCCAUUGGCGGAUAGCCCAGAUCUUGUUGAGAAGAAACAGACCUCGCAUUCAUGA